AAUCGCAAUUUUCAUAAUUCAAAGCAUUACUUACUCCAUAUUCUGACACUAAACGACACCGCCACAUCUUAAACGACGACCGUAUCUGACAAACGGUGCCGGUUGCUGGUGCCACCGCCAUUAUUCCUAUUUACACAUCAAAACCAUUCCUUUCGUUUUCUUCCCAAAACCUAAUUUAGAGUUACUGUUGGUGAUCGACUCCAAUUCGGAUUUGAAACCGCAGAGAGAAUGAACAAUUCUAUCAUGGCCUUUGCUCUGCUAUUAUUCCUUUGUUUGAUAGGCUAUUCAAACGCCGAAGAAGCUUUCGAUGUUCGCAAGCACCUCUCCACUGUCUCUAGAUAUGGUGCCGUGAAAGACAUUGCUGAUGAUAACUUCGUUCCUUCAAAAAUCCCGGAGGGAUGUGUUCCGAUCCAUUUGAAUCUUGUGGCAAGGCAUGGAACUCGUUCUCCCACGAAGAAAAGGAUAAGGGAGUUGGAUAAUUUGUCUGCUCAUCUGGAAGAUCUCGUGAGGGAUGCAAAAGAGCGACAUUUGCCUUUGGAGAGGUUUCCUUCCUGGCUGAAUGGAUGGAAAUCUCCUUGGCAGGGAAGGCGUAGGGGUGGUGAAUUAACUAGCAGAGGAGAGGAAGAACUAUAUGAUCUUGGAAUCAGGAUUAGAGCCAAGUUUCCAAAUUUGUUUGAUGAAGAAUACCAUCCUGACGUAUAUCCUAUUAAGGCAUCUCAGAUUCACCGAGCAUCUGCCAGUGCUGUGGCAUUUGGUAUGGGGCUUUUCAGGGGCAAUGGAAGUCUUGGACCUGGGCGUCAUCGAGCCUUUGCUGUUACAAGUGAAAGCCGUGCUAGUGACAUACACCUGAGAUUUCAUGACUGCUGUCAUAAUUACAAGGCUUAUAGGAAAAACCAGGAACCUGCAGUUAGUAAACUUAAGGAACCCAUUUUGGAUGAGAUUACAUCUGCACUGAUUGGACGCCAUGGACUUAAUUUUACUAGGCAGGAUACAUCUUCUAUCUGGUUUUUGUGUAAACAGGAAGCAUCCUUGUUGGAUAUAACUAAUCAAGCGUGUGGUCUUUUCAACCCUUCUGAGAUCGAAUUGCUUGAGUGGACAGAUGAUUUGGAGAUGUUUAUUCUGAAAGGUUAUGGUAAAUCACUAAACUAUAGAAUGGGAGUUCCGUUACUUGAAGAUGUUUUUCAAUCCAUGGAACAGGCUAUCAUAGCUAAAGAAGAAAGACAUCCUUCUGGCAGCUUUGAAAAGGCAAGACUUCGGUUUGCGCAUGCUGAAACCUUAGUUCCAUUCUCAUGUCUCCUUGGUUUAUUUCUCGAAGGAUCUGAUAUUAAAAAAAUUCAGAAGGAACAACCUCUACAGCAGCCUCCAAUGCCUCCACAGAAAAGAAAAUGGCGGGGUAGCACUGUAGCCCCUUUUGCUGGUAAUAACAUACUGGUCUUAUAUAGUUGUCCUGCUCCAGAUAAAGCUAUAAGCAAGCACUUUGUGCAGGUGUUACACAACGAACACCCCAUUCCAUUGCCAGGUUGUGAUGGCUCUGAUCUCUGUCCAUUUGAAUUAUUCAAGGAAAAAAUAGUUGCACCUCAUCAGAAGCAUGACUACCAUACGGUCUGUAAUCCAAAGCUAGAGCAUGAGCCCUCGGGGAGCAAGUUUUUUCAGAUAUUUCAGUGGCUUUUCUCAUCAGCGAAAGGUGAUAACUACUCUAAAGAUGAAUUUUAGUUUGUAUCUUAGGAAAGGAGCUUCAAAUCUUACACUCUGCUCCCUUGGUGGUAUCAUCGUUUCUUAACUACUUUCAAAUAUGAGCACCUAUUCCUUCUAGCAGAGAAUCAGUUUUACUUAGUUAUGCUGCCAGUAGAGAAUGCCUUUGUUUUUGUUUUUACUAUCAGUUACUGUAAUGCCUUUGCUAUUUUUAAGCUUGGUGCUUGAGUAGCUUGAGCCCUCCCAUGUUUAGCUUCUAAGACCCAGAGAAUUUGGAGUUGGAAAGUUUAGUUUUCUCCCUUGUAGGUUUACUCUUAGUACUCUACUGAUACCACAGAUAGUGUAACUUGAUGUGUUUGCAGACUAACUCAUGCAUUAGCCUCUCACGAACUCCACUUUUGUUCUUUUUGAACAGUAGACCUCUGACUUCUACUAAUGCUCAUAUUUUCGUUUUUCU